CUGUCAAAGUUCAAGCCACACUAGCAAACAGUUCAACGUUGAUGCUACAGACACCAGGCAAGUUAUAAGGCUUAUCAGCCUCCUCUUCCAUGUGGAUGCUGUGGUCCCUGAAAAAAGUGCAGAUAUAUUAAGUUAUUAAUGGCAAAACAUUUUAAUGAUCAAAGGGCAAGCUGUUGCUGAAGUUUACUAGCCUGCACUGGGGCAAUUGGGCAGGCCUACCAACCCUUUUUUUCAAUAACAUUUACUUUGUACUUGGCAAAUGGUGCUCAUUCAUGCCUGAUCAUAAGACAACUUAUAUGAAAACCCGAUAGCCCAACAGAUCACUCCACUAGCCCAGCAGUCCUAGUUAUCACCCCUCAAUAGUUUCAUUAGGCCCCAUUUAAGUGCCGUCAACUCUUUUUGAAUAAGUGAAUGAAUAAAAUUGUGAUAUUGAUUUGUGGCUACCUUUUCUUAAAUCCUCUAGUAUACAAAGAACCAAGUGUUAUAACUGCUUAUGUAUACCAAGGCAUUCAUCGCCGCUUGAUUGGCCAGCACAAAAUUGAAUUUCUGUCAAGGAGUGACACAUUUUACAGACUUCUCUACAAGUCUCUGGAUCCAGUCAUUUUUAUGUGUGAUACACUAGGAAUUGUAUCAGGAGAUAUCCACGAACUAGACAAUGCCCUGGCGGAAACAUUUUCAGCCAACGCCCCUCAAGGAUUUGACUUUCUUGGUAUUCAUAGGGAAGGAGCAGGUACUAAACAUUUCAAUCACAUAUAAACAUCAUGUACUUUAUAUAAGUACAAAAAAAUAUAGUAAGAACAGCAAGAGUCAAGGGUAUUGAAAGAAAAGUUAUAUUGUCAUGUUAUUGUUUUGAGUCUCUAGUAUAGUACUGGUACUCUGAUGAGACUUGCAUUAAGGGUCCAUCUUGGAGAGAUAUGUCUUCCUUAUUCGUAAUGACAUGUCGGGGCUUCUGAUAUUUCGCGCAGUCGCGGAGCCACGAAAUUCAGGUAACUCCGCGAAAUUGUGCGAAAUUCGGUAGAAAUCUUAUCAAAUACAUGUCUUUACAACAUAUUUGAAACUUAUUUCAGCUAUAGGGGCUAAUUACUUGCCGUAAACUUGCAAAUUUGUCUUGGAACUUCGUUACUGAAACGUGCAAACAACAUCCCGAAACUACCAGGCGUUGAUUAAAUUGUUCCGAAAAAAUGGGCACUAGCCAUGAUGUUAAAGACUUUGCCAUUGUUUUUUUUUCUGGAGCGUAUUGUUGUUGAAAGAGCAAAUGAUGACCUCUGUUAGAAAAACGGUAAAAAUGCUGGUCUGAUCAGCACAAAACCGAUCGACUUCUGGCAAAAUUUGCCUUGAAAAUAACCACAAAAUCGGCCGUUUUUUACGGAUCGUUUUUUGGUGAAGUUUGCCCCGAAAACUCCCGCGAAAUCGGCCGAUUUUUCCAAGAAAUUUGUCCCCAAAAAUGCGGCGAAAUUUGACUUUUUCUUCCGCGACCUGUCAGGAGCCCUGACAUGUACAGUACAAGAAGAAGCCUGAAAAGAAUCAGGGCUUCAACGGGAUUCGAACCCGUGACCUCCGCGUUACCGGUCCGUUGCUCUACCAACUGAGCUAUGAAGCCACACAUUGGGAGCGAGGUCAAUUUAUUGAGUUCAUAUCUCCCUUGAGGAGUGAAAUGAUGUGAAGUAUAUAUGAAAUAAUUCAUUUUUGAACUGCGGUUGUAGAUGAAAGUGAAGAAUGAUCAUCGCAGUAAAUUUUCCAAUUUAUAAGCAAUUGGAAAGAAGAAGCCCGAAAAAAAUCAGGGCUUCAACGGGAUCCGGUAACGCGGAGCUCACGGGUUCGAAUCCCGUUGAAGCUCUGAUUUUUUUCAGUCUUCUUCUUUCCAAUUGCUUAUAAAUUGGAAAAUUUACUGCGAUGAUCAUUCUUCACUUUCAUCUACAACCGCAAUUCAAAAAUGAAUUAUUUCAAAUAUACUUCACAUCAUGUACAGUACAGUCAGUGAGUGAAUUAAGCAGGGACCAACUCAAGAUUGGUUUUCAACUCCCCAAAAGGUGUCACCUAAGAGUUUCAAAAAUUCGAUGUACAUGUAGUGAAUGGAAGGUAUUUUUUGUGUUUAAAGGGAACCAAGAAAGUGUCACCCAAAAUGCAUUAACAGUACCCAAAAGAAGAUUUUUCUCAUAGUAAAAUGUUCUUUUACCAUUAUGAUACAUAACGAGUUCAAACUUCCCUUCAUCUGCCAUAAUUUGAUAGUUUAAUAAUGUAGGGUUGAUGACCAAUAGUUAAAAGAUGAUUGCUUGAUAUUUGCCUGUUCUCUCUGUAUAUUUACAACAAAAUGCCCGAGUAUAUUUAACACGUGAGUGUAAUUUUGACGCCAAAAACAAGAAAAAAGAUCCCAGGAUUGCCGUUAAUAAUUUCUGGAUGAUUAGAGAAGAAAAGAAACUGCUAAGUCUUCUCCCCUAAAUCAGUGAGUUCUUCUUCACCUUUUUUAUUUUAAGAAUAUUUGGUUUGAAGUAAUUGAUAUGGCCAAAGAGACAUUACUUCAAAUCAGGACACAAUAAGGCUUGUUUGCAAGAAAAUGACCAGAACUGCAUGACCGACCAAUCAGAGCAACAGCGUGCAAAGAAAGUGGUGUCCGAUAGCCUGGGGCUGGUGGAUUUUGCUAUUGCAGGCUAGUGAAUUCUGUUCUUAACUUGCCCAAUGGGCAAUUAAGGAAGUGAUUUUUGGGGGGGAAAUUCAAAUUACAGAAGAACUGUAAUCAAUUCUGCUCAUCAAUUUUUUUCAGGCUAGUUGGAAUGACUUUUGGACUAGUACAUGCUAGGUACAGCUUACACAAAUGGCAAGCUGUAAAACUGACUUUCUUUGCACCCAUCUUACGUCAUCAACCCCAGAGAGCCUUAGUGCUGAAAGAAAGGGCAGAUACAGGAAGUUUGAACCUGUCUUGUAGGCCUCUUUUGAGCAGGAGGGCGGGUAGGGAAAUACUUGAGUAGAAGAACAUUUUUUCAUGCAUUUUUUAUUUUCUGUAGGAGUCAAUUUAAUAGCUUUAGACCAUGGCACCUGAAAGCACACACAUGUUUGAAAACAUACAUUCCCACAUAUUUUCAGUUUUGGUAGGGAAAAAAAAUUGGCCAAUUAUUUUAGACUAAAGCCAGUUGGAAGAUUCCAUAUUUUUAAAAACAGCACUAAUUUAUAACCAUGUUAUUUUUUGUUUUCUUUUAGAUCAAUCCAGUGCUGAAUUUCCAACUUUACUUCACUUUGCAUGCAAGUUUGGACUAACCAAGCUAGUUGAAGUUAUCUUACGUUAUCCUGGGGCUUAUGAAGCGUGUUCUUUGAAGAACUAUCAGGGCCACCGGCCAUACAAUAUAGCUGAGAAUAAUGGAUAUGAUCAAUUAGCAAAUGACCUUCGUGCUUUUCAUGUAAGUUCUUGAUAUAAGUUAUAGAUUAAUAAACUGUUUUAGCAUUUGAUGCAAAUUUUUCUUCCUUUUCGUUGGCCAAGAGCCAAAAAAUCGAAAUUUUUGUCUUACAACUAUAUGCCAGUUCUCCUGGAUUACGUGGGAGUCUUUUGGACAAUUGGCACAUAAACUUCUUGUUCUCCCAUUUAGAUCACCAAAACUCCUAGCCUAUAGGUAAAAUAACUUUUCUGCUGUGAGAGGCCUCCGCAAGCAGGGAAGAUUUCAGUAAGAAUUAAGCCCAUUGUUUCCCAAAGCUCAAAAUAUUUUUUACAAGGUUUCUAUGGCAUUUUUUGCUAAACUAGUACGUAUUUUACCAGUGAAAAAGAUUAUGCUCAACUUUCUCUAAGAUGAACACCUAUGGAACCAGAAGUGAUAUAUAUCCAUCUUAUAGAGAGUCAAAUAAAGAGAAUAAAGCUAGAAUUAGGCAGGGACCAACUCUUUGUUCUGUUUUACAAAGGUGUCCAUCUUAUAGGGCUGUCCUUUAAGAGAGAGUCAACUGUAUUUUGUCAUACAAUAUCUCAUUAAAAGCGAAUUUUGAUGUUCUGUACUUGACAAUGUAACACCUAAUAAUAAUAUUAUUAUUAUUAUUAAAAUUUAUAUGAUGCUGUUCAGUGUAGUAUACACCUUGUAGUCCCUGUGCCAAUAUACAAUGCCCAUGUUUUAAUUUGGGGACAUGGUCAAUUUAUUUUUAUUUGAGAAGGAAAGUGGUCGUUGAUAUAUAUGAUAAAGCCAGGGUAAAUUGUUACUCCUGAAACCAAGAACUGAUUACCUCAAGCAUAGCUUUAGUUAGAGUGUGGUGCCUACUUAAUUAUGGCACAAUCGUCCCAAAGAUGUAUGCACAGCAAAUUCUCUAGAUGACUUUAAGAAAAAACCUCACUCUCAGUUUGCUGAUCAUGUAGUAUUCCCAGAUGGCAAAUUUGUAAAACAGUGUAUAGAGAAUUUAUAUAUUUAUUUUCUAUUAUUAUACUGAUAUUUUAACUGUGUAUAAAUAAAGUUUAUGGUCAUCAUCAUCAUCAACAUAUUUUUUUGGUGGGUGGUGGGGUUAACACAAAAAAGAGAGUCUCCAAUUGUAGAUUCUGCAGACGUUCACAUCACUGAUAUGUAUGUAUGUAUGUGCAUGUAGGACCAAAAAGAUCCAGAUGCCAGCUACAUUGAUAUGGAGCCUAAUAAUAAGGAUGCUGAUGUUUAUGUGAAAGUGCAAAAGGAGGAUGGUUCCUAUUACUAUGUUUUGAGAAAAGAAGCUGACAAUGAGCUGUACGUUGACUUGGACGACAAACCUGAACACGAGGAGUAUUAUGUCAAAACGCAGAAAGAAGGUGGCGGAUACUACUAUGUGCCCAUGAAGCCAGGAGCAGGUCCUAAGAAGAUUGAUCAUGUCGCUGACAAACCGUACAGUAAUGUCGAAGGACAUGGAGAGCAUUACCAGCAAGAUAUCUAUGAAAAUUUAAAUCAAACAGAUCCAUCACCAGAAAGUCACGAAAUUUAUGAAGACAUGGAUGGUGAAGGAAAUGUGGGAAGUGAAGAAUUGUACAUGGACAUGGAGCACAGUGAAAAAUCAACCACCAUCUCUGGUGGUGUUCAGCGUGGUGCUGAUGAAGAACUUUACAUGGACAUGGCUGAUGAAGGAGAUGAAGCUACUGACGAAUUAUAUACAGACAUGGAGGGUGCGAAUGAAAGUCCUUCUGACUUAUAUAUAUCAAUGGAGCAAGGUCUGUUCUGUUUCCAUCUGCCAGAUUCAUAUUGUUUACAUUGUUAAAUGUUACCACUAGCACUUAAACAACAAUAUGCAUGAGCUUUAGCUAAGAUGGUUUGAGUUAGGCUAUAGCUAGUUUGGUCUCCUCAAGUGAUGAUAAUAAGAUCCACAGGAAAUUCAUCGAAUAUAUUUGUUAAGGAUCAAUAUAAGUCAAUGCUGACAAUUUGCUAGGAAAAUGAUCUUGUUUUUUUUCUUUGCAUUCCCACUGUUAUUACAAAGAUUUAAUCAAAAAGGCAAAAAUUUAGGACAUACUGGGAGUAACACUCACAUGCAAUCAUUAUCUUCACUUAUUUGGCAGCAUAUGUAGUUGACUCAAAAAACACUCAUGUAAUACACAGGAAUAUAAUUUAUGACCUCUUAAAUUUCCAUGUUAACAUGUUAAUUUCACAAGUGUCACUUAAAUCAAUUUAAAAGAAGCCACUUUGUAAAAUAUUUAGCAAUUAAAAAUUGUGUCAAAAUGUUUCUUAAAAACAUUUAUUAUAAGACAUUUUUAAAAAACUUAAAAAAAUAUAGUAUGUUUCAAUGUUCUCGGACAUCAUUGUCAAGUAAAAAAAAUAGAGUAUGAAUGUUCGAUAAGUACAAGAAAAACAAUAGUUCAUUAAACGAAAAAUAACAUAUAAAAAUAUGUUCCAAGUUAAACAAAGAGUUUAGCAUUGAUGGAGUCACUCUGAGUGUUAAGAAUUAAGGCUAGGCCUCAUCUCUCAGUUUAAUUUGAUGAGUAACAUUGUGUAAAUUAGAGAGGCAGUCAAACUUCCUGUGGCACUUCUUUAGAAUGCGAAAUUGACCCAGCUCAUUUAAAAUAUUUUGUCACUGUAUGCUUCUAAAAACUGUUUACCAAUAGCUGAAAUUAACUUGUGUUCAGUAAUGCGUUGAUGAAGGUGUUGGGCUGUGUAGCCAACAAUGAUCCUGAAAUUAAUAUGUUAAUUAUUUUAUUUUAAAAAAAUAUUUCUGCAUCAAUUUGAUUCUUAUUUUCUUUUAAAAACAGAACAAAAACCAGACAAAUAUGGUUAUGUGACACCAAGAUCAAACCAACCAGUUACAACUGAUGCAGUGCUUUUUAAUCGCUCUGCCAGUAGUGCCACUGAAGUGAGAGCAAGACAGCUUGAGAAUGCUGAAAGAAAAAGCCGCUCACUACCUGGGGGUAUGUACUUCAAAGAUUAGUCUUCCUGGAAACAAAUUUUCCAGUUGAUGUACUGUCACCAUACAAGUAGACUUCCUGCAGUCAGUUUUCUCUCAAAUUAGACUGUUCAUACUCAGAAAGCUUAAAGUGACAUAAUGGUCUAAAAAAUGAAAAUAUAAAAAAGGAUUGUGACUAUUAGGCAAGAUUUUCCAGACACCAUCACUUGGAGGAAUAACUCCAUGAAUUUUAAGAGAAAAUGCAAAUUUUAUUUGUAAGCUUAAUGCACAUGUACCACAUAAGGGAAUAUAGGUCUUGGCCAGCAUACAGUGACCAAUACAAACACAGAUAGAAAGAACUGUAGAAUAGAAUAGAAUAGAACAGAAUAGAAAACUUUAUUAAAUAUGUGUCAAGCCGUAUAGCUUGGGAACCACCCUAUACUAACUUGGGGACACAAUUUAUAAUUAAAUAAUUGGAAUUUAACCUAUGAAAUAUGAAAGUAAAAAAAUAUUUCAACUAGGUAUAAUAUAUUAUACUCUAAUGAUAAUCUAAAAUAACGGAUAGAGAAUUGUAAAUUUAAAUUAAAUUAUUAUGAUGUUUAGAGAGAACAGCUCUUACAUCCAUCAUGUAUCAUUGAGCUUUAGAUAUCAUUUUUAUGACUUCUGCUUUUAAAGAUGUUCAGAGUUUUUGCUGAUGUUAAAUCAGGAGGUAGUCUUUGCCAUAACCUAGGCCCAAGAUACCUUAAAGAAUGUUUACCGUAUGUUACAGUAUUAUAUCUAGGAAUAGAGAAAUCCUACUGUCGUAAAGAAUAAGAAGAGCUAUGAUUGUUGAAAAGAGUUCAUUAUAUAUUGUCUGAUUUAUAGUAAAUGCAUAAUUUAUGAAAUGGUAAUUGGCUGAUACUAUCCACACCCAGUUUAAAAUAGUGAUUACUCAGUCACAUGUUAUUCAAAGUGCAUGUAAUAGGAAUAUUAUUGUUUCCUCCAUUCUGACAUCUUUCAGGUGUGUCUCAGGCAGAAAUUUUAGAACAAGCAAUUCGACAGAGUGUUAUUUCUGGAAAGAUAUCAGGCAAGGAGGCAAGCCAGUUCUUACAGAAACUGGAGAUAUCGGUAAGGCUCAUUUAAAUCCAUCCAUUAAUAAAUAUUUUUAAGGUAUCCUUAAAACUACUGUAUAGUGGUUGCUUCCUAGAAAGUGUUAAGUGCUGCAUACUGUCAUAAAAUAAUUCUUUUUUUAUUCACUGUGCAGUAAACAAAUGAAUAUUGUUUUUAAUUGUUACACUUGUUCAGUGUCACUUUGUUAUAUUUUUUUGGAUAAUUUCAAGGAAAACAUUCAAAUUCGAAAAAUAAGUGUAUCUGACCUAGACUGUGCCAUUUCAAUGUGAUUUUAAAAGACAGUGUAUGUGCAGUGCACGUUAACGCAUGCAUUGACAAAGGACAUAACUCAAAGCAAGGACUGCAAGUCAGUGCAAGAAACUUUGUCAACCGACAGGAAUGAACAUGGAGCAGUGAUAAAGUUCCUGGAGACAAUCGCGGGCAAUGGAAACAGUCAUGUUUUCGGUAUGAACUAAGAUACCUAAGAACGCCAUAGAAGUAGCAGGUGGGGAUUCUUUUUCAGGAGAGGAAUCCAAACCCGGGGCGGCGAGAAGGGUGCCAAAGGCACAGAAUGCAUCAUAUGACUGUUCUUGAAUCUCUGCUUUACCGAAGUCGUCAAUGAAGUUUGUACAGUGGUUGCCAAAACUACUAUACAUGAAGGUGAAGGGAGAUGCAGUGCAAUGACACAUCAUGGCUGAAGACCAAAGACCAAAACGAGGGGUGAUAUCAAACUAGAAAGAGCCAGGGUGACAGAAACUGAGAAGGUGGUAGUCAGGAGGGUCGAUACAGAGUUGUCGAGCCUACAAUACUCGUCACAAAUCGUUGAAACAGGAGCCAUUUGUCUUGAAUUUUCUCCAAAUUUCUUACAUUCACUCCUGACACCUUCGUUCUCACUUACAUUUGCCCCUCUCCUUCCGCAAUGUUGAGCCAGGCGUAUUUUGAAGCAGUGAGACGACUGUAAUACCCAAAUCAACAUUGGGGAAGGGGAAAAUCACACAAGUGUUUCAAGAUUUGUGACGAGUAUUGUCUUUGCGUUGGGAGGGCGUGGACGGGUAACGAAACGUAUGAAGGGUAACUAUUUCCAGCUUUACUGUUAAGAAUGUCAUGAGUAUUCUUGUUGUUACUGUUCUAGAUGUUAAUUCGGACUAAAAAUUAUAUAGCUGGUAUGCGUACUUUCCAUUAUGAACGAUUUCAACGCACAUUUCUCCAAAACCACUUCAGUGAAAAGGCUGUGCUCAAAAGUACAUCGGAAUUGGACAAGGGGUGCAUAUUUCAAGACCGAAGGGGAAGAAAAAUUACUCUAACAUUUGGCAAUGGAGACGAUGUUUGGUGAUUUUUACAAAGCAGAAAGACUUUUUUGGAGCCAUUUUAUCACUUGAAACUGAUUUGAUAUUUAUGGCGACAUGCUUUUCUGGGAGAGAAUGGUAGAGAAUAUCGCUAAUUAGUCGUUAUCUGAAAUAAUACUACACAGAGGUGUCAGAUGAAAACGGAACCUUUUCCUUCUUUUUCUAUGAUCUUAAAGGUUCUAUGUACAAAGAUGAGCUAACUAUGUAGAGAAAUACAUUGUUAAAGGAGAUCAUUCGUUUUCACGAGCUAUCUAUCUUUUAAGUGCAAAAUCUCAACGAUUCACCACUGUGUCCUACCGUAAAGUAAUUAUAGUACCAUAGACUUUAUGAACUAUCGGUUCACCAUGGUGAACCGCUUCAAAUAGCAUUAUUGAAUAUGUUCAUGAAGAAAGUUUUCCCUUAUCUGUAUGUUCUAUGAUCUUCUCUAUACUUGCAAACACUUAUAGAUGCAGUAGCGUUUGUUCUUAAGGGCGAAAAAGGCAAAGAAUUUCCCGAACACCAUGGUGAAUCGUGUUACACUCAAGCUGCAGCAAAUAAUGUCAACAACCUCAGCAAUAUUUACAUAAGAUGCUGUUAAUUUAAUUAGUCCUCUUGCGGGAAAAUAAGACGACUAAGACAUUUUCUACAAGGAGAAACGAAUUUUAGCCGUUCCUCGGAUAUUUGAUUGAAGACACUGAAUACUUGCCACCCUACUUUCAUCUUCGGAUUCUUCCUCUCACCGACAACUCCUUCUCGCACAAAACCGAGUUCAUCUGUAUUUGUACAAAAUAUCGGGGUAUCUCCCUGGUUAGUAUAAAAUAUCAUGUCGGCUGUGUUUUUUCACUUUCCCAGUCAAGAAGCAUUAAGAACUCAUGCCAUGGAAUGAUCUGCAUCAGACAACCGAAAAUGGUUUUAAAACACUACUUCGGAGCGUCUCUGCAUUACUCUAUAUAUUACAUAUGUACUUUAAAUGCCUUACUUCCAUCUGUCAUUCUGUCCUACGCGAAAAAUAAUUCAACAUACUGUUUUUCUUUUUAAUUUUACUUUAUGUACACGACAAAAAACACGUAUCUUCCAUCAACGGUCCCAAAAAAUUCACCUUGAACUGAACCCGUCAUUAUUUCCUCUCUUCCUAUUAAAUACAAUACUCGUCACAAAUCGUUGAAACAGGAGCCAUUUGUCUUGAAUUUUCUUCAAAUUUCUUACAUUCACUCCUGACACCUUCGUUCUCACUUAUAUUUGCCCCUCUCCUUCCGCAAUGUUGAGCCAGGCGUAUUUUGAAGCAGUGAGACGACUGUAAUACCCAAAUCAACAUUGGGGAAGGGGAAAAUCACACAAGUGUUUCAAGAUUUGUGACGAGUAUUGUAGGUUUAUCACCCAGACCUUGAAUGAUAACAAGGUAGGCCACACAAAAUUCUGCCAAAGAAAGAUCAGCAUAUAAUUUAGCCUCACCUGGAGCCUUAACAUGUGGCCACUGCUGUGGAUGAAGAUAUCUUCUGUGGAGCCUUUGUGUCACCAAGAGACUUAAUACUGGAUGUUGCUUUAGAUGUUGGUGUGAUUGUUGAAUGUUUAUUCUUGAGCUGAGCCAAUUGCAGCUAAAUAAAAGCUCCAACUUGAGUUUGUGUAUUUCCCAAUCAUUAUUGUCUUUAACUAGUUGAAGGUGCAUAAUUUUGUCUCGUGUGUCAAGUGUACUUUUUGAACUUUAGUGGCUUGUAUGCCAGACAGGUCAAGGAACUCCCACAUUGGUUUGUCUACCAAUCGGCAGUAAAGGCCUUCACAAUGCAUGGCUCCUGUAUUCACUUUUUUCUUGCCCUUCUUUUCUUUCUUCUCUGGUGGGGCAGAUUGCUGUGAUGUGGCCUCAGCUACCUUACACAAUAUGUCACCAUGCAGACUGUUUGAUCGUGGUAAUAAAUCCCAUGUACUCAAAAUCAGUGCUCAGAGGUGUCAAGAAGUACUAUGAGUGACACGAGGGCUAUGAGACAUGGUGAAAAGAUGAGAAUUGUGGUGAGGAAAUUUCGCAGAGAAACAGGAAUAACAACAGAAAAGCAGCAAGAUCGCUAGUCGUACACCAAACAAACUAAGUAAAUGCGUGAAGAUGUGAACAUCAUAGCCGUCAAAGUCAUAAUGAACCUUAUUAAUUAAAUCAACCACACUGCUGGCUGCUUGUUUCACAAGUGUACCACAAGCUCUAAAAAUGUUAGCCCACCCACAAAUGUAGGCAAUGUUAUUAAAGUACCCAGGACCAAUACAGCCACAAACUUUGACAAGAUUGGUGUGCUGCAUGCACACAUGUCCAGUGAAGGCUUUCAUCAAACUGAUUAAGUGCAGCUCUUACCUCAUUUUCACCUGCCCACUUGGCAAGCUUGGCUGUCUUUUUUUUCUUACUUAUGUACUAACACAUGGUUCAAGUUAUUGAGAGUAAAAUCCUGCAAAAAUGAUCUGAAGGGAAACAAAAAUUACUUCAAGUUAGCAGGAAGUUCGAGUUAUCGAGGAUUCAAGUUACCGAGGGUGAAAUUGCAGUAAAUGUAUGAUGGAAAUCCAGGGAAGAGAAUUGAUUUUGGUUCGAGUCAGUGAGAGUUUAAGUUAUUGGGAGUCAACUUUUUAAUUAUUAUUAGUUCUUUUGGUUGGUUUUCUCAUGUGUAAUCACAUGUUUGUUUACCUUCAUAUAAUUAGCCAAGGGGAUCAGAGGAAAGAAGAGGAUCAACAGGUUCUAAAGCUUCCAUAUCAAGUAAGUCAGUAGGAACUAUUCUUGAGUAAAUGUUACUUUAAAUAGAGGCUUUUCAAUAGGUUUCUUUCAUCCUGUUAUCCUUACCAAAAUCUUAUAUUCCUUUGGUCUGUUAAUCAAGAUUGUUUUUAUCAGCAAAUCCUUAAACUUUCCAAAGUGUUUUAAUAACCCAUGGAUAAAUUGCAAAAUUAAUGGACUGAGCUACAGUUUCUCUAAUUAAAAGCAAGCUUGUUGUCUUCAACCAGUCACCUGGGUACACAAAAAAUAUUGCUUGUGAAAAUAGUGACAGUUUUUAAGUUAAAAGGUAACCCUUUUUUUAAUUUGCAGCUGCAAGUAGUUCUGGGAGUAGCAGUAGUGGAGUAAGUUCAGGACAUGAGGUAACUCUAACCCGGUAAUCGAGAAUCAGUCUAGGUUAAAAUAAAUUUAACCUGAAUUUUAUUUUGACUUACAACAAAUGCAUUGCAAAUGCAUCCCCUUGCCUUGAAAUCUGGAGAACGCCCCCUGGGAACCAGUGUACACACGAAAAUGUACAAUACUUUUUUUAUGAUUCUGAUGAAAGUCAAGUAGAACAAAAGUUGUGAGUUAUAGUCAACAUUCUCAGCUGGAAUUUAUAUUUCUGGUGAUGACUUUUUAGCCAAAUAAUUAACUCUUAAAUAAUAUUAUUAUGAAAUGUGCCAAACAGCCUAUUUAUGCACCUUUGAUCCACAGUAUUAAAAUGUACAUGAAGGGAGGCUGUAGUCUUGCUUUUUUUUACCAGAUUAAAUAGCUCCUCUCCCUACAUCCUUGUUUUCCUGUGUUCUCAACCAAAUUGCAUUAUUUUCUGAACAAUCAACAAUUAAGUAUCUUCAAAAAUAAGGCAGUGAAUAAUAGUGUAAAUGCUAGUUACGUUAAUAUUAAGUUGACAGCCAUGUCUUAGUUAUCACUUAUUUUGGUCUUAAUUUAGGUGGGGCCACGUGACGAACCAUUUGAAGGUGCAAGUAUCGAAGAAGAGGAAGAAGAAGAGUAAGUAUUCCAAUAAAUACCAUCUACAGUACCACCCAUUUUUGCUUAGUGUAAUUUUGAUGGUGGGGAAUAUAAUUAUAUUUGCUGACAUAAUGAAAUAUUAAAAUUAUCAAAAACUGAAUCAUUGGAUAAUGCAAUUCUAGAGCUCUGAUUGGCUUAGCCAUUAUGGUAUAAGAGCCAUUAUACCAUGCUCUCCAAAUAUGGUAACUGUAUGCAUCUGCUCAAAAUUAAAAACAAGCUGAAAAUCAGUUGUUUUUACAAAUGAAGUCGGGAAGAAUUCUUGAUAUGUUGUGCGUGUUUUUAGUAAAACAAUCAUUCCGGUCGCGCUUGUUGGAUAUGGGAUGAUUAUAGCCGACUCGGCGCUAUGCGCCUCGUUGGCUGUCUACCAUCUCAUACCCGAAGCACACUCGUGGAAUAAUUGGUAAUUAGUAUUUUUUAUGUUUUGCAACAUAAUUUUGUUGAUUUUAUUGAGGUAAUUUAUUUGUGUGAUUACUUUUUAGUACACGUCUUAGUCGAGCUGAGAUACUGGGUCAUCUUAACAGACCAAAGGUAACAUAAAAAACCCAGUAGUUUACAAUCCAAUCUCACCAACUAUGAAGUAUACUCAUUAUUAUUGUACUUAAAGGGGUGAUGUCAUGCUAUUUAUUAUAAUAUUUUUAAAAAGCUGAAAUUUGUCUUCACAAUUAUUGAAUUCCAAAAACAAUAGUCCAGUUUUGUUAUAAGGCUAUUAUUUAGGCUAUGAAACUCAUUCCUGUCAACCGUUUGCAAUGGAUAGCAUAGGAUGGAUGUGGAUUGAAACUUUAAAAAGUUUGCCCAGCCCAACUUUUUCAUGUUUUGAUGUUUUACAUGUAUUUCUGCAAAAAAUUGUCGAAAGAGAAUAAAAUAUUAUCAUGGUUAUUACUUGUUUGAUAUCUUCUUCAUAACUUCUGUAAAUCCUCUGUUAAGCCCCCGUCUCAAAUAACCCCCCUCCCUCUAAUAAGCCCCCAUACAUACAUACCUGUUUUAUUUAUUUGGAGUCUUAUACAACAAAUAGUAUAUCAACUAUUUCCAAAUAACUAAAAUUACAAACAGCAAAAAAUUCCUAACCAUAUAUGGCUAAUAAGUUAUUAAUUAUUUGAGUCCUAGAGUAUUUACUUUUUGCCGUUUUUAGCCCCCCCUCUCUGUUAAAAGGAUCAAAUCAGUUGAGGAAGGUAGGCAUGCACAGAAGGUCGACAGUAAUAAGGCAGGAGGAUUGCUACCACUAGUGUAUCUUUGUCGUGAGAGUAAAGUCAUUAAGCCCCCCUCCCGGAAUGGUUUAUUAAUUAUUUUACCAGCUGGAAGUUCAGAUUUGAUUCUGAUCCUCAGAUGCUUCCCCCCCCCCUUACCCUCAAAUGGACUUGAAAUAGAGGAUUUACAACAGGAUUUUGUGUGCUAUGGUUAAAGGUACUAAGGAAUGACUUCUGCAGAUAAUUGACCUAAAACAGCAACAUCAUCAUGAUGACAUAGCCUCUUUAAUGACAUUUAGGAUUUUGGUCAGAUCAGGUAUCUCAGCAACUGUAUGACUUUUUUUUAUGUCAUGUGUUUAGGAUGAACCCCCUGCACCCCCUCGCCCAGACUAUCAUCAGAGGGACAAAACCACAGGUUCCUCAGGUAAACAUAUUUUUAUUUUUUUAUAUUAUUCUCUUAUUCAAUGCCUAUCCUCUUCAUGCCUCAUGGCACAUUAGGCCUUAUGGACCUUUUCAACCUCUCCCUGUUGGCUUCAUGUUUUAUCUGGCAGAUGCACAUAAGCUGCAUCCCAAAUUCUGGAUAAAGAAAGCUGCAGCUUAUCUGCAAGUGUUUUAUGGUAUACGUGCAAGGCAAGCAACCAUACUAGAAAGUAUUCAUUAUGUAGAAAGAAAUUGCUUAGGCUUGCAUGACCACUAAUAAUAAUAAUAAUGAUGAUGAUGACUUUUAUACAGAAUCCACAAAGUGGCUCUUCGCCUGUACUCUAAAAGCUAUCAAAACUAAUAUUCUAGAAAUUUACAAAUGUGCUAACAAUUAAAUUCUAUGGGAAUAGUUAAAAAAUAAUAAUAAUAAUAAUAAAAUAAAUAAAAAACUAUAAAAAUAAAAUAAAAUGUCUCUGUGUCAUUGAAAUAGAGUCGAAUCCAGAGCAUUAUAACAGUGGCAUUAUUGAUUUGCAAAAGAGACCAUAGUCCUUAAUGUUUCUGACAUGGGUUGGGAGACUGUUGAGAAAAGUUGUGGCAGUGUCCUGAAAGAUGCCAGAUUCUUUGGGGAUACAUAAUAGUGGAGCAAGGGGUGAAACCAAACCUCCCUAGGUUGCUUUGACGAGAAAGCGGUGUUCAGAAAUGCUCUUUUAGCCUUUCCGAUGACAGCGUUUAUCCUAUUACGGACAGUUCUGAACGCAGUCCAUGUCUCAUCAGUGCCACGGCAAUGAGCUUGUGCCCUUAGCUUGUCCCUAGUAGUGUCCAACUCACGUAUCUCAUCAGAUGCCAUCCAUGAGGCUGGUGGCCGCGUUACCUUCACUUUCUUCAAAGGGGUGUGGCGGUCUAAGCAAUCAGUCACGAAAGAGUUAAGUGCAUCCACCAUAUCAUCUGGUGACUUUAGUCCAUAGAUGAUCGGACAUUCAAAGGCAGAGACAAGAAAUCUUGUUUAAACACUUGCAUGUCAAGCUGCUUCUCAUUGCGUAUGUAUUUAUGACGGGGUGCAUAUCUUGUAACUCAUGCGUUGAUAAUCACGUAAACAGUGUCAUGAUUACUCACAGAUGGAGCUGGAAGUACGUCGGUGUGAGCAACUCUCAAAGGAUAUAGUUAGAGAUGACGUGGUCAAUCAGGGAUUUCAUAGUGUGUGUGACUCUGGUUGGUCUUUAAUGUUUUGCGACAGGUUUAAGGACUCUAAAAUGUUCCUGUACUGACACUCAAAUGUUACUACUGAAAUUGUUUCAGUUCUGCCUGCUCCUUGUGGAUCCGUUUUAUCCUGGGCUCAUAUUUUAUUUUCCCUUGUUUUAGGAUAUGUGUGUGUUUGACAAAUGUAUUUAAAACAGAGGAAAAAAAUUUCAAUCAAGACAUGAAUGUUUCUGAGUUAUAUUUUGCAACUGAAAUUAAAUAAAAGGCUUUGCCUCAAAAUUUCUUUUAUGUGCUUCACAGACAGCAGUAGCAGAAGACAUCGUCAUAAAACAGCACCUGUUGAGACAAAAGAUUUACCAGGGCUGCUUAGUGCAAGUGGUUCACGGCUCCCUGCUCCUGUCCAACGACGAAGCAGUUCACCAGGUAUAGUAGCAUGCAUCAACGUUAUACUGUUCUACAUGGUGUAGAUCAGGAGUCCUUACAUAUUGACCCCUUUUGAAAGCACAUACCUGGAAGUCUAAUUUAUAUAUUAGUUGUUUUGGUGGGGGACAGCCCCUCUGGGUGACAGUAAACACUCACAUAUUAGAACCUAUUAUUUCGGGUUCAGGCUGGUCAAGUUCUUAGUUAGCAGGAGCAAAAUGAGAAAUCAGGCUGAAAAUGUUAAUGAAAAUGUAAUGUUCUUAACAUUUGUUUUAGAAAUACUAUACAUUAUACAUUACUAGAGGUUCAAUUGACAUACAAUAUUUUAUUACUUACAUUAAAACAUUAAUUUCAUAUGAAAAUAAACUAAUUUUUAUUACUUAUGUAAAAAACAUCAACAGGUUAAAAUUCAACCUCAAGUUGUAAUGCAGUUUUAACAUUUCAUAACAUUUCUUAGCUCUCUAGACCAGCAGCCCUUCUCCUACCCCUGCAAAUUGGUCCUCAAUACUGCAGCAUCCAUCACACCAUAGUACUUCAAUACGAAAUACAUUAAUAAUUCAUUAAGAAAAAAUUAAUGUUUAAUGAGUGUCUUUAUAUGUGAUAAAGAAACGUUAAACUUUACGUCCAAUUUUUUAAAGUAAGAAUGAGUCGAUCUAUAUCAGAGAUUUUGAAACCGUUCAAAAAACCCGCCGUCAUGUAUUCAGGUUUAAAAUCUCUUGCCCUCGCCUUGAGUUUUUAAACCUGAUCAUACACUCCUACUCGCUUUUUAAACAGUACAAAAAAGUUAUGUGUUACAUUGGACCUGUGUGGUGUUAUCAGUUAUCUUGUGUCAGUUUUAUGCACACUGAUAUGUCACUGUAUCUUUUCUCUAGGUGGCGUUGGCUACAAUGCACAGCUAAAGGUAAAUUCCUAUUAAAUAAAUUUGCUUUAUGUUAAUUUUUCAAAAAGUCUCAUGUUGAAAUUACCAUUUUGUUUGUUUGCCUUUUUCGUUAGGAGCCAUCAUCUGAAAGGCAGAGGCCUCCUGAGCCCAUACCAGAGUCAACACCUCCUAAAGUUGCACCUCGUCCUUCACCCCGCACUCCUUUGUCAACUCCCUCUGAUGCAACAAGAUCUCCUGCUCCUAUUCCACCCUCUGAGAGAGUCAGGCACGCUGGAGUGGCUGUCCUCCCAAUGCCGACUGCUAAAGGUUUGUCUACUUGUAUCUUAUGCUUUAUGCAUGGCUAUAGUGGCUAUAGUAAUUGAUUAUACCAGUUAUAAGAGGACGCAACAGGGCCCGGCGGUUAGCACACUGGAAUUGCAAUCCAGAGGUGCUGAGUUCAAUCCCCGCCAUAGCUGUUAGCUAGAUUUGUUCUCAGUAGUCCCAAGUGCAACUCAUGGUCACACGUGUAAAUAAGCAACUGGUUUGCCUUUGGUCAGUUGGGAUUCUUAACCAUGUUUCUUGAUUUAAACUAUUUGUAUCUGUUCUUUAGUAUUUGUGGGCCAUAAUGUUAACUACUGGGUUACCAGUUAUUGUUACAAAAAGUCAAUUUUUUUCUAAAAUAUUAUAAUUAAAUUAUAUCGCAACUUAAUUACCUAAUUACUUAAUAGACCUUUUUCCUGUUUAUUAAUGUUAUCAUUAUUAUUGUUGUUGUUGUUGUUGUUGUUAUUAUUAUUAUUAUCAUUAUCGUUAUUCCAAUAGAGGUCAUGUGGCAUUACUCUAGAGGAAUCCAACAUUCAAAUUUUGUCUAAUUUAGUUUACAGGCACAUAGUCUUGACUACGGUGUUUCCUCGAGUAAGCGCCCAUGCUCUUAUGAGUGCCCUCCCCCAAAUAAGCACCUGACUCCGAGGCCAAAAUAUCUAACAAGCCUCCCUCAAAAAAGUGCCCGCCUCCCCCAUCACUUUCUUUAGUAGUAGCGGAUACUAAGAAAACCUAUUUCUAUUGCCACGGUAUUGAUAACUCUGUGACUGUGUAAACUGUAGAAUGGGACUAAGGUAGUCACUUGAUUACUAACAGGAGAACGUAACAAGUGCCCACUGGAUUAAGCACACUCCUUCCAAUAAGAACCCAUCCUUUUAGCAGAAAUUUUAAAUAAGCACCUACUAACAGCCUUUAAAUGUUUACUCGCAGGUACGCCACCCCCUCAACCACCACGGAGACCACCGCGUAGCCCCAGGAAUCUUAAUUAUCAAGAUUAAUUUGCUUUACUGUAGAGUGCAUGUAUCAUUUGAUCAAUGGGAUAACGGUAACAGUUUGUGCCAUUUCUACUAUGUUAAAUUGUGCGCCUUUUGUCUUGAAUGUUAUAAAAACCAAACCAUAGUAAUUAUAUCAAUCUUGGCAGAUGAAAACAACCAAUUAAUCAGUCAAAUAAGGUUAGUUGUGGUUUGAUUGUGGUGGUGAUAAGCCAUGGCUGGAAAAAAGAGUGGUGCAAGACACGAAAAAAAAAAGAUAAAAAAUAACAUAUAUAAAUAAAUAAAUAUAACCAGAAGAGAAUAGAAAUUAAGUAAAUGAGCAAAAUCACUCUAUUGUUAUUGAAAACCACCCAAUUACUACUUCCUAGAUAAACAAGAAAAAUAGUGCGAGUAUCAGGGUUGUCGCUAAGAUUUCAAGUUUCCCAGUAAAUAUAACAAGUAGACGGGGAAUCUAAUAGCUGGGGAUUUCUUCUGGUUCUAUUUUUCUUCUAAAAGAAGCCGGGGGGCACAUUCAUAGUAGCUGGGGAAAAUCCCCGGCCCCCAGCUUUUAAAGACAACCCUGGAGUAUGUACUGCAACAGGUGUUAAAUGAAGAUUGAGUGGUAUAUCUAUUUAUGGCUUAUGUCUUAAAUAUCAUCUUGUUCGUGUUUGAAGGAUGAAUGUUAAUCUAUUUAUGGAUAUAACUCUGUCAUCUUCGUUUUUCACAAAAAGGAAGUCUACUACUUUGAAUUUGAAUUUGAAGAUAAUGUACAGAGAUACAUGUGGGAAUUAAAAUCGGCAGUAGUUUUAAAGGGUACUCCUUUUUCUAGUUAGAAAAAAUAGAAAAUUAUUUCUUAAGUUUGAAAUUUUUAGCAACAGAGUCAAUUCAUUAUUAGACGGAAUGGUUUUGUUGGCAUCAGGAGAGCAAAAAUAGUAUGACAUGUUAUUAUAUAAGCAGUGUUUAAUCUAUAACUUAUUGAUAAUCAGCUAGUGAUUAAUGUAUACAGAUCUUAAACUAUUUCUUGUACACACGCUAAAACAAAGAACUAGGUAUAACAACUGCCUCAACAUUCUUUUGCUAGCAAGAAAAAUAUUUUUUGAAAGCGGCGUGUCAAAUAAUUACGGAAAGGAGAUUAAAGCAUUAUUUUGAAAUAUUAUUUUAUUGAUAGGUUAAGAUUUUUCUUGCUAUAUAACGUGUUUGUCGAUUCUGACUUAGCAUGAAAUUGCAUGAAUGAAAUAUAACAGUACGUAGCAGUCAUUGAUGCGUGUCAUAAAAAAUAGAAGUUCUUAAGUUAUUGAUGGAGAAAUUAGUCACUGAUGCUUACACGUAUUUUGUCAGACAAAUCUGUCAUUACUUUUCGCCAUUUGAGCUUUAAAUAACGUGCAUAUCAUUAACAUUCCCUUCAUUUCGGGAUUGCAAAGUAGUUUUUAUCAAUCAUUAGUAAAAUUUAGCUACAUUUAAAGGUAGCUGUCUAAUAUACAAUGAGUCUUUAAUCAUGCAGGGGAAUCAAAACAAGACCUUACACAACCCUUUUUCACAGGCAACCCUCACACGUGAAUGUGAAUGAUGAAAUUGAAAUUGGAGUGAUUUUAAUAAACCCUAGAGGAAAUAAACGCCCACAUCAUAAGAGGAGUGAGGGUUUUUUUACUUCCUAGCAGCUCUGUUUUGUCAACGGAAGAAGAAAGAUGAAAUCCUGGUGAACUAUAAAUUUUUGGUCUCACCCUUCUCUAUAUAUAUGAGAUUUGUGCUUCAAAGUGUUUGAAGAGUCUACACCGAAAAUUGUAGUCUGUGUUGAGCCCGCAUAGAGGCAUCAAAGUUUUUCAAACUGAUUUUGAAAAUUUGUACCGUUUCAAGGUCAAAUUCCCCCAGUCCUACAAAAACACACUGAAGUCAAAUUACUCCCCCUGUCCAGGGGUUGCCUAUGUGGAAAUGUUUAGGUUGAGUUUAUGACUGGUCUGAAUUUCAGGCGUGCCUUCGAGUCGCAUACUCUUAUCAGGCAGUAUGUUUGAGAGGAGUACUAUGCGACUCCAAGGGAUGUCUGAAAUUCGGCUAUUAGAUAAGAGCCUUAUAUAAGCUUAGAACCAGAGUUUUGAUAGAACUUUAAAACCUAAAAGCUUGAAGGUAUUGACGCGAUUGCGUUGCAAGGCCACUUGCGAGAAACUGAACUUGCAAAGUUCAGAAAACAUUUUUUACAGCAUUUACAGCAUCAAUAGUUAAACCUUUGAUUUUACAUUCCAUUGACUAAAAGCUCUUGAUUCGUAAGGUUUUCAAAACCUUGAAAAUAUCCAAAGCGAGCUGCGCUCGUGUACUUUGGAUCUGUAAGAAUAAGCUGAACAACUUUUUCAAUCAACAUAUUUUUCAUAUAAGCUUAAUAUAGUCAUAUUUUUGUAUUUUCUAUCUUGUUUGUUUUCUAUGCAAAGUAGUAAAUAUUCAUUUUAAAUAGGCUAUGAGUACAUUUUGUUUUCUGAUACCUUUAUUUUUAUUUUUUUGGAAAAUAAACAGAAGUCAGUUUUUA